CAGAUUUUUAUUCCGGAGUUAACAGUAAAAAUGGUUUAUUAAAAAACAAUGAUUUAAAAAAUUAAUAUAUUUAGUAUAUCUACAUUUUCCACAAAAUUCCGAGUUAGGACUGGGUCAGGAUCUGGCAUUCCCCUUUCGAUUUUGUAAUAAUAAGCACGUUAUCUUGCAGGAACUACUUUGACACAGGAAUUGGUAUGGUUAUUAUGUAAUAACUUGGAUUAUGAGAAGGCUCUAUCAAAAGUGCUUAAUGAAAGAUUUCCAUUUUUGGAAGUGUCAGCAUUAGUGCCUCCAUUUGAACAUUAUACUGAAAAUCAAAUAGAAGUAGCAACGAAAGCAAUGAUUCCACUAAGCGUUAAAGAAAUACAAAAUAUUCCUUCGCCGAGAUUCAUCAAAAGCCAUUUGCCAGUGUCACUAUUGCCACCUUCACUACUAGACACUACAAAGGUAGUGUAUGUGGCACGAGAUCCAAGAGAUGUCGCUGUAUCUUUCUAUCAUCAUCACAAACUGAUGCGGGUGAUAACAGCUGAUAAGGAUUUUAAAACCUUUUGGAAUUACUUCAUCACAAACAAAAUUUUGUGGGGACCAUAUUUUGAACAUGUAUUAGAGGCAUGGGAGCACAUAAACGAUGAUAACAUGUUGUUCUUAUUUUAUGAGGAUAUGAUAAAGGAUUUACCGAAAACAAUAAAACUUGUGGCAAAGUUUUUCAGUAAAUCAAUCACAGAGGAAGAAAUAAAUAGACUUGUUGAUCACCUUGACAUUGAUAAUUUUAAAAAGAACAAGUCAGUCAAUAUGAAGGACAUGCAGAAGUUUGGCCUAUUCUCGAAAGAUGGUGAUUUCAUAAGAAAAGGUAAGUCAGGCGGAUGGCGGGAAUAUUUCGACGAAGAGAUGACGGCUCAGGCGGACGAGUGGAUCGCGACACAUCUACGGGACACUGACUUCCGGUUCCCGGAUUGUUAACUUGUGAUACAAUGACACAUAUUAAUUAUACUCAAAAUAUAAAUUCGUUUACUUGUA